UUGACAGCAAUGAAGAAUUAUGGGUGAAUUUAAUUCUUUUGAAUGAUUUAAGUGUUUUUAUUCAUGUUUUCAAUUUGAGAAUAGAUCUUUGGCAUUUUGCCUUGGAAUAUCUAAACAUUAGCAUUCUCACAUUUCACUCUUUACGUUAUGUUUGAAUCGAAUGUUACAACUGCAAUAACCAUAUCGGUUUUAUGAUACCACUUUAAAACAGCGGCAUACUUGGCUGUUGAUAAAAAUUUAUUUUAGAUUUAAGCAUAUCUUUUAGUUGUUUGUCACAUUAUUUGUGUGUGUAUGAUUAUAAUAAACCUUCCUAUUUUUUUCAAGAUAAAAUGGUAUUUCUAAAAUUUUAGUACUGACAACUUCCAAUCUUGGCAUUAUUAAUGUACCUCUGAGGUUAUGCUGUGAAGGGUUAAUAUAUUUUUUUCAAUGAACUGUUCUACCAAUUGCCACAUUUUUGAAAAAAAUCUACUUGAAUCUUUUUUGUAAAGCAUAAUAGAUGAAGGGCUUCAUACAAACUUUUUUAUGGGAACUAAUUGUCGUACUCUUUAGAAUUUUUUUGUUUGUUUAACUCUUUUUGUUACACUUCAGCCAAUAAGAUUUACUGUUACCCAUUUUAGGAAAUGCCUUUAAUAGUUAAAAUCAAGCCAGCCCUUAAACAAAGAGGAAGUAAAUGGACAGUGGUAACCAGUUGUCAAGUACUUCAUGAGAGAAAUCCAUCCAAUAAUCAGUCCUUAUUUCUUCCAUAAAGAAUGGAUUUAUUUAUCUUAAAGAUCAUGGUUGUUAGCUGCCACUUCCCACUUCCAGAGACCUUCAAUGGUUUAACUUGCUUAUCUUCUGCAGCCCAGCAUGUUUCAAAUCAAACCUUUCUCACUUAUAGUCUUAUAGAUUUUACAACAAUCAUAGUGACGGUACCAGUUCCAUUUUGCCUCCAAUUCACUUGAUGAUAUAUUUUUUCAUAUUUCUCAUUUUAUAAUUGAUAUCUGGAAUAAUCAGCAGCUCUUUUCUCAUUUACUUUCUUAUAUUUUUAUUCCAGGAUUUGCCUCUGAAGCAGGGAGUGACUGCAUUAAAAAUGACCUGUAGUUCUCUGCUUCAUAGAUGCUUCUUCAGCUCCCUCCUCUUCCUCCAUGGGCGGUGCUUGCAGCUCCUUUACCACCUCUUCCAGCCCUACCAUUUAUUCUACCUCAGUCACCGACAGCAAGGCUAUGCAAGUGGAGAGCUGCUCCUCAGCCUUGGGGGUAAGUAACAGAGGGGUAAGUGAAAAGCAGUUAACCAGUAACACAGUUCAGCAGCAUCCAUCAACACCGAAGAGGCACACAGUCUUGUACAUCUCACCACCACCUGAGGACUUGCUGGAUAACAGUCGGAUGUCCUGCCAGGAUGAGGGGUGUGGAUUGGAAUCUGAGCAGAGCUGCAGUAUGUGGAUGGAGGAUUCCCCCUCCAACUUCAGUAACAUGAGCACCAGUUCCUACAAUGAUAACACUGAGGUACCUCGUAAAUCACGAAAACGAAAUCCCAAGCAGAGGCCGGGGGUCAAACGACGAGAUUGUGAAGAAUCUAAUAUGGAUAUAUUUGAUGCCGACAGUGCCAAGGCACCUCACUAUGUGCUUUCUCAGCUUACCACGGACAACAAAGGCAACUCAAAAGCAGGAAAUGGAACAUCAGAAAACCAAAAAGGAACUGGAGUAAAGAAGAGCCCUAUGUUGUGUGGACAGUAUCCUGUUAAAAGUGAAGGAAAGGAACUGAAGAUAAUUGUACAACCUGAGACCCAGCACCGAGCUCGAUACCUGACUGAGGGCAGCCGUGGCUCAGUAAAGGAUAGAACACAGCAAGGCUUUCCUACAGUAAAGCUGGAAGGCCAUAAUGAGCCGGUAGUGUUGCAAGUGUUUGUGGGCAAUGACUCUGGUCGAGUGAAACCACAUGGAUUUUAUCAGGCCUGCAGGGUAACUGGGCGAAAUACAACUCCCUGCAAAGAAGUAGACAUUGAAGGCACUACUGUUAUAGAAGUUGGCCUUGAUCCAAGCAACAAUAUGACACUGGCGGUGGACUGCGUAGGGAUAUUGAAAUUGAGGAAUGCUGAUGUUGAAGCCAGAAUAGGAAUUGCUGGUUCCAAGAAAAAAAGCACUCGUGCCAGAUUGGUUUUUCGAGUUAGUAUCACAAGGAAAGAUGGCUCCACUUUGACACUGCAAACACCGUCUUCUCCGAUUUUAUGUACUCAGCCUGCAGGAGUGCCAGAGAUCUUAAAGAAAAGCUUACAUAGCUGCUCAGUGAAAGGAGAGGAAGAAGUAUUUUUGAUUGGCAAGAACUUUCUGAAAGGCACGAAAGUUAUUUUCCAAGAAAAUGUUUCUGAUGAAAACUCAUGGAAGUCAGAAGCUGAAAUAGACAUGGAAUUAUUUCACCAGAAUCAUCUUAUUGUGAAAGUUCCCCCAUAUCAUGACCAGCAUAUAACUUUGCCCGUAUCGGUGGGAAUAUAUGUAGUGACCAACGCUGGAAGAUCUCAUGAUGUUCAGCCAUUCACUUACACUCCAGACCCAGCAGCAGCAGCUAGCACUUUGAAUGUAAAUGUGAAGAAGGAAAUAUCUAGUCCAGCAAGACCUUGCUCUUUUGAAGAGGCCAUGAAAGCAAUGAAAACUACUGGAUGUAACUUAGAUAAGGUGAAUAUUCUUCCUAAUGCUCUGAUCACUCCACUCAUAUCAAGCAGUAUGAUUAAGAGUGAAGAUGUUACUCCAAUGGAAAUAACAGCAGAAAAAAGAUCUUCCCCUAUUUUUAAGGCUACAAAGACAGUUGUAUCAACCCAACAAACAUUAGAAAAUAUCUCUAACAUAGCAGGAAAUGGGUCUUUCUCAUCAUCAUCAUCUUCCCACUUACCUUCUGAAAAUGAAAAGCAGCAGCAGAUUCAGCCCAAGGCAUACAACCCAGAGACGCUGACAACUAUCCAAACACAGGAUAUUUCACAGCCUGGUACCUUUCCAGCAGUUUCUGCCUCUAGUCAGCUGCCCAGCAGUGAUGCGCUACUGCAGCAGGCUACACAGUUUCAGACGAGAGAAAGUCAGCCUCGGGAGGUGUUACAGUCAGAUGGCACAGUGGUUAAUUUGUCCCACCUGACCGAGGUGCCACAGCAGCAGCAGUCACCGCUGCAAGAACAAACACAGACUUUACAGCAGCAGAUGUCCUCAAACAUUUUCCCAUCGCCAAAUAGUGUGAGUCAGCUACAGAAUACAAUCCAGCAUCUGCAAGCAGGAAGUUUCACAGGCAGUCCAGCUAGUGGCAGCGGUGGAAAUGUUGACUUGGUCCAACAAGUUUUAGAGGCACAACAACAGUUAUCUUCAGUUUUAUUUUCUGCUCCAGAUGGUAAUGAGAAUGUUCAAGAGCAGCUUAGUGCAGACAUUUUUCAACAAGUCAGUCAAAUUCAAAAUAGCGUAAGCCCUGGAAUGUUUUCCUCAGCAGAGCCAGCAGUGCAUAGCAGGCCGGAUAACUUGAUAGCUGGGAGAGCUGACAGUGUUCACCCGCAGACUGACAGCACCCUGUCAGGCCAGCAGCCGCAGCAGCCGCAGCAGGUGAUGGAGUCAUCGGCUGCCAUGGUGAUGGAGAUGCAGCAGAGCAUCUGCCAGGCCGCUGCCCAGAUUCAGUCCGAGUUGUUUCCUUCCACCGCGUCAGCAAGUGGGAACCUCCAGCAGUCUCCAGUUUACCAGCAGACUUCCCAUAUGAUGAGUGCAUUAUCUACCAGUGAGGACAUGCAAAUGCAGUGUGAGCUCUUCUCUUCUCCUCCUGCAGUUUCUGGAAAUGAAACUACUACAACCCCCACGCAGCAGGUUGCAACCCCUGGCACUACCAUGUUUCAAACGUCAAGUUCAGGAGAUGGAGAAGAAACUGGAGCACAAGCAAAACAGAUUCAGAACAGUGUCUUUCAGACCAUGGUCCAGAUGCAACACAGUGGGGAGAAUCCACCCCAAGUUAACCUUUUUUCAUCUACAAAAAGUAUGAUGAGUGUUCAGAAUAGUGGUACCCAGCAGCAAGGUAAUGGUUUAUUCCAGCAGGGUAAUGAGAUGAUGUCCCUCCAAUCUGGGAAUUUUUUGCAGCAGUCUUCUCAUUCACAGGCUCAACUUUUUCAUCCUCAAAAUCCUAUUGCCGAUGCUCAGAACCUUUCCCAGGAAACUCAGGGUUCUAUUUUUCAUAGUCCAAGUCCUAUUGUCCAUAGUCAGACUUCUACAACCUCCUCUGAACAGAUGCAGCCUCCAAUGUUUCACUCCCAAAGUACUAUGGCUGUGCUACAGGGCUCUUCUGUUCCUCAAGAUCAGCAGUCAGCCAAUAUAUUUCUUUCCCAGAGUCCAAUGAAUAAUCUUCAAACUAACACUGUAGCCCAGGAAGAACAGAUUUCAUUUUUUGCAGCUCAAAACUCAAUUUCUCCACUUCAGUCAACAUCGAACACUGAGCAGCCAUCUGCUUUCCAACAGCAGGCUCCAAUAUCACACAUCCAGACCCCUAUGCUUUCCCAAGAACAGGCACAGCCCUCCCAGCAAGGUCUUUUUCAGCCCCAGGUGUCCCUGGGCUCCCUUCCUCCAAAUCCAAUGCCUCAGAGUCAGCAAGGAGCAAUGUUCCAGCCACAGCACUCAAUAGUUGGCAUCCAGAGUAACUCUGCAUCCCAGGAGCAGCAGCAGUCACCACAACCACAGAGCAUUUUAUUCAGUGGCCAGAACACCAUGGCUACCAUGGCAUCCCAGAAGCCACCUCCACCAGCCAUGAUAUUCAGCCCCAGUCAGAAUCCAAUGGCAAACCAGGAGCAGCAGAACCAGUCACUUUUUCACCAACAAAAUAACAUGGCCCCAUUGAAUCAAGAGCAGCAGGCCAUGCAGUUUCAGAACCAGCCCACAGUUUCCUCCCUUCAGAAUCCAGGUCCGCCCCAGUCUGAAUCAUCACAGACCUCCUUGUUCCACAGCUCUCCUCAGAUUCAGUUGGUCCAAGGGUCACCUAAUUCUCAAGAGCAGCAAGUGACACUCUUCCUCUCUCCAGCAUCCAUGUCUGCACUGCAGACCAGCAUAAACCAACAAGACAUGCAACAGUCUCCUCUUUACUCCCCUCAGAACAACAUGCCUGGAAUCCAGGGAGCCACAUCUUCACCUCAACCACAGGCUACUUUAUUUCACAACACUACAGGAGGCACAAUAAACCAACUACAGAAUUCUCCUGGCUCAUCUCAGCAGACUUCGGGAAUGUUCUUAUUUGGCAUUCAAAAUAACUGUAGUCAGCUUUUAACUUCUGGACCAGCUCCAUUGCCAGAUCAGUUGAUGGCCAUAAGUCAGCCAGGUCAACCACAAAAUGAGGGCCAGACACCUGUGACAACACUUCUUUCUCAGCAAAUGCCAGAGAAUUCUCCGCUGGCAUCCUCUCUAAACACCAACCAGAGCAUCGAAAAGAUUGAUUUGCUUGUUUCAUUGCAAAACCAAGGGAACAACUUGACUGGUUCCUUUUAACUGGAAAUAAAUUCCGUGAAGAAAAUCCUGAUUCCAAGAUGUCCUGAGUUCUUGUGAUUCCAUGAGGAUUAUUGAACUGUUACUUUAACAACAAAACAAACUAUGAAAAACUGUGAUUGAGUAAAUGGAUAGAUUUUACUCUGACUGCAAAAGAGCACACCUGUGCUGCCUGUUGCAGUGGUUGGCCACCAUUGUUAACAUCUUCAUAUUUAUAUUCCUAAUAACAGUAAUGACUGAGAACCUGAGUUUCCAGCUGACAGAAUUAAUUGUUGCUAUUUUCCUAGGCACUAUUUCUUUAAAAGUACAGUUCGCAUUCAAAAGCUGGACUGCUCAGUUAUUAUUGCUAUUAGAAAACAAUUCAUAUUAUCAUGUUUACUUCUGUUCUUCAUAUUUUCUUUCCUGCAUUGUUUUAGUCAAGUAAUGGCUUUUGAAAAAGGAAAGUUGAAAUAAUAACUAAGGCUGUCAUUUUUCAGUGUAAAAAGCACAGCUAUUGGCCAAAGUGAAGGAAUCUUUUUUUCAGUUUUUAUGGAGAAACUGAACAGGUGACAUUCUGACAAGUAAGCAUAUUAAGAGUUCUACACAAUAAAAGGCUUCUUUAUCAGAAAGGCAGACAGCCCACAAACUGGGAACAGCUGGAAUGCUAUUGAUUUUAUUUUUCAGAGAGUUGUUAAUUCCCUGUGUUUCUUUAAAGGGAGUUAGCCAUAACUGUGCAUAGAAAAAAUAUUUUGCUCUAUAAAAAAAUGAAGGGGAAUAAUAUAUGGUAAAUUAUGUUCUGAUAUCCUCCUACAGUAGUUCAAACUGACAGAGUAAUUUGAGUCUAUUGUCCUCUUAUCCUACUCUUGGACCCUGGUGUUCCCUUUUUUAUAUUCAUCUACAUUACUCUUGCCCUCUUCUUCACUUUAUUUUAGACAAUUAGUUAUAUACUACUAGCAUUGUGACUGUAGCAACUUAAAGGAAAGCCACUCCGAUCUGGGGUAACCCAGCAACUCCUGCAGCCCAGGUGGGGUGGGAGAAUACCGUUUCAGGAAUGAGGAGAGCUGAUUCCUGAGACAUAAGGAUUUUUUCUCCCCAUGAACGGUGCUGUUCUGAAGUCUUCAAAUUUUUCCCUCUAAUAGGAAACUGUAAAUUUUAAUUUAAAAAAAAGAUAAAAUGUCUUGGAACAUCACUUUUCCCUGAGCUGCAGUGAGUAUAAUUCACUUGUCACCUCAGUGCUUUACAGUUUGAAGUGGUCGCUUAUCUGAUAGUUCCCAAAAGCCAUAGGCUUUACAGGAUCAUAUCAUUGACUUAAAAUGAAGAAUUAACUUGUUAUGUUUAUAGAGAGCAAAAUAACACACUCCAGAACUCACAGUUGUAGCAUUGGUUAUACAGUUUUGGGUGUUCUCACCACCAGUGGGAUGCCUGCUUCUCACCACAACCUGUUGUCUGGACUCAUGCUCAUGUCUUACUUUCUUUUUGGCAUGUAGAAAGCUGUUAAUACAGUUAAGGCCAAAUCGUUAGUGGCUUCUGUAUGUAGAUAAGAUUUUUUGUUAUUUUCCAUUUCAUUUAUUAUUUUUAUGUAUACAAAAAAUAGCCUGUUAAUUGUUGAAGGCUACUUUUCUGUUUGUUUGUUUUAUUUCUUCUAUACAUUUAGUUGAACUUUGUGGAAUCGUAGUGUUGGUUUUGUUCAUACAGCCAGAUUUUUUCCCCCUUUUUGUGAUGGUCUUCUUGGUUCUUUAAAUGUGCUCUUCUAAUCUGUUUUUUCUCUUUGUUCUCAUAUUCUUCCCUCCAUCCCCAACCCUUUCUUUCUUUCUCUCUCUGAUUGAGAGGCAUUGAAUUAUGUUUUCAGUAGUACAGGCUUCUUGCCGAUAUGAAGGGAACUUCUCAGAAAGAGACCUACUCUGGGUCAUUUAAUUUUGAAUACAGUUUUCAAUCGUUCAAGUUUUGGAUGGUUUAUAUCUAAUGUGUGUUUCAUUUUUUUGGAAAGCUAUAUUUUGUAUUUAGGAAAUGGUAUACUAUUUUGCUAUUUGUACUGAGUGAGUACAUUGGCAUAAAUAUAGAAAUUUAUAUAUAUACAUAUAUAUAAACUAUUCUUUUUUUGCCACACAUUUUUGUGGUAAAUUUGUGAGUUUGUCAUGUUCUACCACAACGUGGCGUCUGAUAACAGUGAGGGGGGUGGGGUUUGUUAAGUCUUUAUUGAGUAUUUAAGUAUCUUUUGAAACAAAUGACCUGUUCAUCUGUGGCCAUUCCAUCAGGCAGUUCCUUGAUGUUAUUAGUGGGCUAAAGGCAGCUUACUGUAUGUUUGCUGGAUCUUUCACUCAGCAAAAUGCUAGAGUAAAGAAACCUAUCUAGGCAGUGUAUCAAAUGGUGUUUCACAAGAAUGAGCCAUUCAGUCUUUGCUCACUAUAUAUUUAAUAUUUUAUUGUUGUUAUUGUUAUUAUUAAUUGGCUUUCUGUAUUCUAUGCCUUUUAUUUAUAAAGACACUAAAAAAAACAUGUUUGUAAUUUUAAUAACAUUUCCCCCAUCUUGUAAUAUCCUAAGCUACUUUAUAAAUUGUUUGAACCAAAAGUAUUUUCCUUAAUAUUUCUCUUCCCUCCCCACCCCAUCAGGAAAUUACCCAGUAUAGUUCAGGUUAUGAGAAGGCCCAGCCACACAAUCCAGUGCUUCAGUUUUAAAAUGUAAAACUCUAACUACAAAGGGUUCACUAAUGUCAGAAAGCUUACCCAGCAAGUAUAAUAAUAAGUAGGAAUAAAAUACUGUAAGUUUAUUUCUGAGUUUUCUGAAAUUUUUUCUAAGAUAUUUCACAGGACACUCAGGAAGUCUAUUCACCAAGUUUCAAUUAGGAUGUUUGUGAACUCUAUGGAUGAAGUGGUGGCAAGAAGACUGGCUUGUGUGCUGACUUCUGUUCUGUUGUUAAGAGGUUUAUCAUUGUAAAAUGCUGAUAGCCAAUGCCAAGUCACCAGGGACCAAUUUUCUGUUUUAUAAUAUCUAAGUUUAGAACAGAACGUACACCUGAACUGUAGUGGUUUGAUUGGAUGGAGGCAGAAAACCCAAUUUUUAUUUUCAUAAAUUUUGUGGUUAUUUAUACAAGGGCUGUGCUAUGCUACCAUAUUCUUAUUCAAUAAUGAUGGAUUUUGUUUUUAAUAUUGUUAAAUGUUCCUUACCCCUAAAGGUCAAUGUUAAGUACAACAUUCUAAAUAUACAGUUUGGUUACAAAAAGCAUUUGUCAUCUUAUUAAAGAGUUAGCUCAGUGGGCAGUGGUUGAUACUUGUGCUAAUAAUGCAGUUACCAGAUUACUGUUACAAGUUACAGCUACAUAUGAGAGAAACUCCUUGAACCAGCAAAGGCCUUGGAAACAACAAGUUACUAAAUUUAUUUAAGGCAGAAGGAUCUAAAUAAACCACAUUUUAUUCCUUUAUAUUGUUAUAUUCAGUUGUUCUUGCUUUUAGCAACUCACAUUAAUUCUUGGAGCUAAUGUGUGUGUGUGUGUGUGUGUGUGUGUGUGAUUCCUUAUUGCCAUUCCAUUAUAUAUCCACACCAACAUGGGAGAAGAUAAUUAGAAGUCAUAUUUUACAUCUGAAUUUUAUCAUGUUGCCUUUGUAAUUAGUGUACCAUAUUGUUUGUUAUUUAACCAAUGCAAAUCUGUUUUCAGCAGUCGCCCUGGAACAGGCUAUUAAAGGGCUUUGUUUAUUGUAGAAGCAGUAUUAAUGAGGGACCUUUCUUCUUCAUUCCUUCUCUUGUGAUACUGUAUAUGUGAUAGUUGGGAAUUUCAAUAUAGUAUAUUUCUUGCCCAUCAGAACCUCAGUUAAUCUACCUGGGAGAAAUGGUGUGAAAGGAAAUGAGAAGGAAGUUAUAUUUGAGUCCCUCUAGAACUAAGAUAAUUCCUUUUGACCAUUUAAGCCAUUAUAGACACUUGUUUUGGAAAAAUGAAUUAAAGUCUCAAAUUCAGCAUGGUGUAUAAAUACUCACUAGGAGUAUUUUGAGAGUUUUUCAUCUUUCUGGUGAAAAUUACUGUUCUAAUAUCUGAGUCCUAGUUGAUUUUUUUUUCUGAUUUUAAUUGAAAACUGAAUGAAACCUAUUAGCUUUCCUCUGCUUCAUGACCACAGGCUUCAUGCCUCGAACAGCCGUGUUGUAUCUGCAUGCCUUUGGUCAGAUGGAGGGACUCAGUGAGAAAAACUGUAUAGUUCAGCUUUAUUAGGAAAAUAACUCAGGAGUAUAUACCGUAGUGAGCAGGUUAGUAGACUGUCAUAAACAUUAAAAAGAGCUUUUCUCUCUGCUUGUAUCAUUAGAGCUAAAUCAUGGAGAUAAUGUCCAUAAAUGUAGUAUCAGAAUAGUACCUACAGUAUCAUUUAUGAAUUGUCGUAGUACUCUCAUUACUUCUUCAAUUCCUUUUUUCAUGCUAUUCUAGCUUCAUUUAUUAAUAAAAUUCUAUUUUUACUGUAUUUUCAGGAAAUUUUUUAAAAUUAAUAUUUUAUAUCUAGAUUAAAUGCUUGUGCCUUUUUGCCAUGAUAGUGCCCCUUUCUUGUAAUUUCAUUUUCAGUAUUGCCAAAAACACAUAAAUGAUUUUAAUAGGCCCCAACUUUCAAUUUUUCCAUUUAGUCAUUCUUUUUUCUAUUUCUUGAUCACCAUAGAAGACAACUUCAUUAAUUUUCUAACUCCGUUUGGCAUAAGAGUAACAGAAAAGACACGUUGCUAGAAUUGCUCCUUUGAAGAAGGGUAAGUAAAAGAUCACAGAAUUAUACUCUUUGGUCUUUAUAGCUUAACUAAAUUUGUCUUCCUCCUGACCAACUAAUGAUAGGUCUUAUCUGAAUGCUAAUGAAGAUUUUACUAUCUGUGAGACUCCAUACACAUAAAUAUGUGUAGUUAAAUUUCAGGAAGGAAGAGUUUAAAGCAUCUCAGACUUUAGUUAGAUGGGUGAAAAUAAAUCACUAGCACAUGGUUUAGGUAAAGCCUGGUAAUGUCAGUUUUUCAAACUAGGCAGAGCCAAGAAAUUCAUUAUAGUGUACUUCUUGCCCAUCAGAACCUCAGUUAUCUGCCUAUGAAAAACAGUAUCAAAAGAAAUGAAGAAGUUAUAUCUGAGUCCCUCUAGAUCUAAGGUAAUAAUUCCUUUCAACCAGAUAGAGUUGGAUUGUGUGUCCCUCUGGUUUUUGUUAAUUUUGCCUAUGUUCCAACUCCUUACCACAGCUGUAGUGCCUACAGAAAGGGCCAUCAACAACAGGCAGUCAGGAUAGUAGUAGCUUUGAGAUAGAGCUGAUUUCCCCAGGUGUUUCUGUGACUUAGUGGCACUGAAGACUGCAAACCUUUAUGCAAUAUUCGUAAUACCCUAAAGAUAGAAUGCACUUUAAUCAUUCCAAAGAAGUAAAAAAUGCUGUAUAGUGAUGAUUUGUUCUUAAUGAAUACAUCUUAAGUGUUUAGGUUAUUUAUGUCCUUAUUUUGGAUAGCAACUUGGUAUAAGUUUUACAUGUUUUCUAAAAUAUAUAGUUGGACUUAAGACUUUGAAAUGUAAUUGACAGUAAGGGGAAAUGACUACAUCAGCAAAUCAUUUUAGAGACAUUAAAAUGUUCAGCUUGCUAACCUGUAUGUUUGAGAGUAAAUUAAAACCAGCCCUCUUCCUAUAUUUUGUAUCAUGUUAGUAAGAACAUCAUACUAUAUAGUUUUCUGCAUAUAUGGUGUAUAUAAAUGAGUGGUUCUCAAAAUAUGGUCCUAUGCCAACACCAGUAUGACAUGGGAACUAGUUUUAUUAAUGCAGUUUUAUAAAUGCAGAUUCUUGGGCCCUAUUCCAGAAAUACUGAAUCAGAAACUCUGGAGAGGGACCUUGCAGUCUGAAUUUUAACAAGCCCUCCAGGUGAUCCUGAUGGACACUUACAUUUGAGAACUACUGGUGUAAACUAUAUACAGUCAGAUCUAGAAAGGUUUUUUUUGCUUAUGCAGAUUCAGUUAUACAUUGUUCUUUAUGUAAAUUCAGUAUAACCUGGUUAUUCAUAAUCAUUUACUGGCAAUGAUAAUUCUCAGUACUGCCUAUAGAAAUACAGUAUAUUUUAUGUACAUAUACAGUUGGUCUAGUUACAGAUAAUUCAGUUAACUUGGUUUGGUAUUUUCUUGCCACUUACUAAAAAGUUUACAUUAAAUGACUUAUUUAAAUAUAUAGGUGCAAUGCUCUAUAUUUCUUUUAACUGUUACGACAUUUAAGUAGCUAACACAAUGGACUGGUGCUAAAUUCUGUUUAUCCAUAAACUGGGUACGUAGUGGGCAGUGAUAAUACAAGCUUUCUUUUCAUUGCCUCUUACUUUACCAGCAGACCACAAUUUUGGUCUAGCUAGAUCAACUUUCAGAAUAAAAUUACCUGUCAUUCCUUAUUUUUGUAUCCCAGAUAUUAAACAAGAUGGCUGGCCAGGCCAACAAAGCACCUUAUUAAAUUUCUUCUUUUAAUAGAUAAAACUUCUUUAAAAGCAGCCUGCUUUGUAUGAGAACUGAUGCAGUAGAGUUAUAGCUGUCAUUGGAACUUGUGCUGCAGACAAGAGUUAUUUUUUAAAGUAAAGUAAUUUAAUAAAAACUUUGUUUUUAUUCAAGACAGUACAUUAUAUAAUUUGGGCAUUUCUCCCUUCUGCACUGUAUGCAUCAUGGUAAAUAUAAACUAACCACAAGAUAAGUAUAUUUAUCCAUUCAUUUAAAUCUUCCUGUGUAAUUCAGUACCUUCAUAAUUGUUCUAAUCUUCCUCCCACUGUUUACAAAUCAUUAAUUACUAACUCAUGAAAGAAAAAUGCACAGUUCAAAAUAAAAAUAAUUGUAUACUCACUUUAUAAAAAUCACCACUGCUGUCUUUGCUUAACACUCGCAGUGGAAAUGUAAGUGGCUUACUUUACAAACAUUGGUGCUGGCAAAUACAUAGGUAAACUGUUGGGAGAUGCUCUAGCUACAUUCCUCCUUUGUUGUUACCUGUCUCUUCUUCCCCACUUAAUUGCAUAAUAUAAUCCUGUACCCAAAGCAUUCUAUCAACUCUAUUCAGUUACAAUUUGUAAUCUCUCUUUUAAAGACCUUGUUUAAUCAUCUCUCUUUUUUUCCAGAAUUAAUUUGCCUGAUUUGAAAUAGUUCAUAGGGAUUGCUUAUUAUUAUUAUUAUUUUAGCUAAUGAACCUCAGGACAACAUACACACACACACACACACACACACACACACACACACUCAGAUAUUUGAGAGUAGCUUUAGAAUCAGAUUAAUGUGUCCAGUAAAGAACUGUCCUACAUUGAAGAGUUUAUGACUUCAGUAGCUACAAAGUGACAUUGAGCUGAUUUCUUUUGAUCUACUGAGUGUAUCUGCUCAUCUUGUUCCCUUACUUCUAAUUGAUAGGCUCCAAGUAGUUGCUACUUUUUAGGAUAACUUUUACUGAGUUCCAUGACUUUUUCUGCUUAGUCUUUUAAUAAAUAUAUACAUACCAAUUAACCUAUUCUCAAGUGGUUUAGUUACCGUUCUGCCAUUUAAAUAUUUUACUUAAUUUUAUUUGCUUGAGCACACUGAUCAACCACUGAACUGCCUUUUUCCAUUGUCUUGCAAUGAUAUAUGGGUUACAUUUUUGUGUAUAUGGCUUUCAUAGUUGGAAUUUCAGCGCACUAACACCAGAUAUUUUCAGUUUGUUCUCUGGGGGAAUUUCGUUUGCAUCUAUGUUUUUAGCUAUCUGUGAUAACUUGUUAAAUAUUAAAAAGAUAUUUUGCUUCUAUUGGAACAUUUGUAUACUCGCAACUAUAUUUCUGUAAACAGCUGCAGUCAAAAAUAAAACAUUGAAAGUUUUCAUUUU